AUGGCAAUACAGGUGGAAGUAGUGAUCGUUCAUUAUGUUCAUUUUGAAAACAUUGAUUUUAAUCAUUUUUUCAAAUUUAUUUCCACAGAUUCAGGAGCCAUCAUUGUCGAGGCCCGUGAUGGGGACACGGUGAUCCUCCCCUGCGACCGAGUCCUCCCGACCCCGCCCCCAGACUUCCCCGUCGCUCUCUUCAUCCUCCAAUGGCAACGCCAGGAUAUCUCUCAACCCUUCUUCGUCCUCUUCGACUCCAGCGACGCCAUCAUAAGCCCCGCCUUCCAGGGGCGCGUCUCUCAGGUGGAUAGUGGGGCGUCGCUGGCCAUGACGGGUGUGACGGUCGACGACGCCGGUAUCUACGAGUGCCAGAUCAUCGAGCUGUCCGACUUGGAAAGCAUAGGCAAUGGAACUUUUGUGAACUUGGUUAUUUUAGGUCCCCCUAAAUUCAUCUCAACCCCUCCAGACCAUGUCGUCUUCCAAGAGAACGCAGAGGCGUCCCUCCAGUGCCAAGGUAGCGGUGUCCCCUUCCCCACCAUCAAAUGGUACAGGCAGGGUGAGCUGAUCACAUCCAACAGCCGGAUCACUCUGUCGGGAGAUACCAUUACCAUAAAGAGGGUGGUCCGAGGUGAUGUGGGGACUUAUUCCUGCGUUGCUGAGAACUCUGAGGGCAGCGUGAUCAAUGAUACAAGAUUUGUUGUCGAAGGGCCACCAUACAUCUUCGUCCCUCCCCAAGACACGUCUGUCACCCUCGGCCAGUCGGCUACCCUCAGCUGCGAGGCCCUGUCGUCCCCUGACAAUCUCACCCAGCAGUGGUUCUACGAGGGACUCCUGGUCCAGGACGUGGAGCAGCUCCAGCGGAGGGUGACGGUCUCCGCCCCCCUAGGGGAGCUCCUCAUCAGGGGGACAGAGAGGGGGGACAGGGGGACCUACUCAUGCACCCCUACCAACGGACUCGGGACCCCGCCCACUGCCAGUGCCUUUCUAGAUGUGCAAUAUGCUGCCCAAGUAGUUUCCAUGCCAACCGAAGUGUAUGCAACUCGAGGAGAGGAUGCGAUCAUCCCGUGCAAUACCAGUUCCAACCCCGCCCUUCUCUACGCCAUAUGGAGGAAAGAUGAGGCGGAGCUUCGAAUCACUCAGACCAAUAGGUAUUCAAUAACCGAAGAAGGUUCGCUUGUAUUAGGGGUUGCAACACUCAACGACCAAGGCUCCUAUACCUGUACACCAUACAAUGACCUUGGUACAGCGGGUCAAUCUACUCCAACUCGUCUGAUUGUAAUAGAUCCACCAGAAUUCAGUAUUCAACCCGAGCCGAUGUAUGAGAAGUCUGUGGAUGACUCAGUGUCCAUGCCAUGCACAGCUACAGAGAGUGCAGUGGACACUACGCUAACAUGGAGAAAGGUGAAUGGAGACCUUUCUAUCCGAGCGUUCAUCACGGAGAAUGGUCUAGACAUCAUGAAGAUAAGCAAAGAAGACCAUGGAACCUACGAAUGCAUGGCAACCAAUCAGGUUGCCACGGUGAUAGCAUCAGCAGAUCUUAUCGUCUCUCCUACAAGCCCACAUACUCCUACCAACGUUGCCGUGGUAACCAGCUCAACAUCCGCAUACAUCUCAUGGGAGGCUGGCUAUGAUGGCGGAGGGACACAGACAUUUGCAAUCAGGUACCGACCCAUGGGUACCACUGCUGGUCUCUGGACCACCAUCCACCCCAUCCCAGCUACAUACAUGUCCAUGCUGAUGUACAGUCUCACACCCAGUACGGUGUAUGAGUUUACAGUGACAGCCAGCAAUGAUCUGGGUGCGAGCGAGCCCAGUGAUACUGUGACUGCUACAACCAAAGAUCCUGCUCCCUUCGUUCAUCCUACCGAUUCUACAGGUGCUACAGUAGUCCCUCCACCAGAAGAUAUUAAGCCAUCCCCACCCCAAAACGUGACCCUGACGACCGGGGAGGAUGGCCUCUACCUCUCCUGGCUUCCCCCAUCCCGCUGGUCCGACUACGUGGACCACUACGCCAUCGAGUACCGCAUCGUUGGACCGUGGCUUAUCCUUGAGGAUAGGAUCAGUGUGGACGACACCCAGGUGCUUCUCAGGAAUCUCCAACCGAACAAGACGUAUGAUUUCCGUGUGUUUGCAUUCACGGUGGCCACCUUCAGCGAUCCGAGUAUGAUAGUGGUGGGCGAUACUAGAGAUCUUGGUGUCUACAUCCCGACUCCGACCUUCCAGCCGAGAUCAUCGACCCCGGGCAUAAUCGCCGGGGUGAUCGGCGGUCUCUGCUUCCUCCUCAUCGCUCUCCUCCUCUUCACCAUGGCCAUCAUCAUCUCUCAUCGGAAGAAGGAGAAGAAGAAGCGCUAUUUUUUCACUGCUAAUGGGGGCCACGUGGAAGCCCAGCCCCAUCCUCCUCCCAAUAAUGCCAACACUUCUGAGCCAAGGCCAAGUGCCCUCCAGAAGAGUCUUACGAAACUAAAAGGCAAGCUCAGCCCCAAGCCGAACCGCGCCUCCCCCUCCCUCUCCGACCCCUCCGCAUCUGCCAAUGGAAGCGCCAACGGCAGUGCCAAUGGCCACCAGACCACUGCUACGCUGAGACCUCAGAAGCGCUCCCUUCGUGAUCGCAUCCUCAGUCGGUCGAUGGACCCACGAUCGGCCAGCUACAGGGUGGAGUCGGAGAGAGAGGAGGAGGAGAUACCGACGGUCAGUCGUCGCCUUGACUACGAGCGGACCUCGGCCGCGCCCUCUAGAACCGGUGCUAGUGAUGGAGAAGUGAAUGAUUUCAACGAUAUCACCUUGAUUCCAACAAACAUCAGAGAAAGUUCAGAUCAAAAUGGUUUCCUUCAAGAGCUUCAUCAGCAUCACCGUCUACAGCAAGGUUCAGAGACUAGCUUCCCAAGUACGUCUAGCGGACGGGAAGACCAGCCCCUCACAGAUCCAACUCGCGGAGGGCGACGACACCACGAACGCGGCGACUACGUCUACUACCACGGACAAAUGCUUCUGAGUGCCAUGAGCUCGGACGAUGAUUUAAGAAGCAGUAGAGAGGGUACGGUCAGUCGUGAUGGGGUUGUGAGGCAGCCCAGUGAAUGGGGCUCACAACCCUUGCAGACUUUCGGGCAGAAAACACCCCCGAGGUAUACGCACCCACCGGAAAAUCAACCAAAACAGGGAGGAAAGACACCAGACAGUCGCGGUGCUUCGCCUUGGACAGAGGAUAUCAGUGAGAUUGGAACGAACCCGGUUUUUGACCGACAAAUGCAUAGACAUAGUACGCGGAAGGACCUUCAAGGCGCCAGAGCUUCCAUACAAAACUACUCGACGGUUAUUCCAAGAAUGCAAGGCUUAUCGCCCAGUGCGUUGGAUAGCAUGAGCACAAUAGCGGGGUCAGUUAGCGGUCGCAGCAUCACACCGACACCUAUGGAAUUCCAGGAGUACCCCACGGGUGCGUCGUACGAGUUCUCCUCACAGCAGCAGCCAUCGCCAGAAGUGCCACACCCCAGGAAGGCGUCGCCUUACAAGGACAUGAUGCGUGCGAGUGCGGACGUGUACAGCGAUCCAAGCAUCGUAUCCGUAAGCCCGCUUGGUUCGCGGGACUUCACCGGCACGGGUUACCAGAGCCCGUACGACACGGACGCGCAGCAGUCGUCGCGCUUCGGAUCAUACGCACACAGUGACGUCUUCUCCCCACCCGCUGGUGAUAGGACAUUUGGGUAUACUGAUGACGGUUAUGAUGCAUCACGAGAUGUGAGCAAUUACCAAAGAACUCGGAGCUUGCAGAGAGGAGAGGAGGGUGAUGUCAGGUUAGAAGAUAGUUCAGGUCGGAGGUCGAUGUCACCGAGGUCAGUGACCCCUAGAGCAAAGUCACCCAGGUCACCACAUUAUAGAUCACCUUCAUCUCAAAGUUAUACAAGUACAUUGGUAGACCCUUCAUUGCAGACUGAGGACACCUUGAGACCCCAUACCCCACGCGACCAGACCAUCUCACCGAUACCAGCUCAGAACGAUCUCAACCGAUCGCAUAGACAAUCUCUAUCCCCUUCCGCCAUGAGUAACAGCCACGAGAGCUUCUCAUCAAUAGAGGGCGGGCGAGAUCAGAGCCUCGUCGGCCCCCUACCGACCUUUGCACCACCACGUAGGACGCUAUCCCCGGUCAGUCAGCACUCGUUGAGCAGCGGAUACGGGAGUCGUAACACGUCGCAGAGCACGACGAAUACGUCGUCCAUCCGCGGGAGGCGGAGCUUCCCGAGCAUGGAGGAAGUCCAGGAGGAACGUGACGAGACGCGGAGUCCCGUCUCGGACACCAAGAAGGACGACUCAACGGACGAGAACUACGAGUUCGACAAGGGGCUCGACACAGAACUCAUGGAGGCCCUGAAGCGGUAUUACGAACCUGAAAAGUCGAUGUUGGUCGACGACGAGAACGGGGAGGACGUCAAGCCGGAGUACGCGGAGAAGCGUUGUGAGGAACUCAAGAAGGAGUUUGACGAGUAUCGUAAGAAACAAGCCAUCAUUGAGGAUGUCCAGGUAGAAGCCAUACCUGACAUCGCUAGGGAAGUCUACAAGCCUCCGAAGCUCACUUCCACCGUGUGACCUUACACACUCAUAAGCAAUAGGUGCUGGACUUACUGAGCAAUAGAACAGAGUUUAUAUAUUUGUAUCAGCAUUUUCAGCUUGAAUCAUGUCUUUCUGAUCAUGCUUUUGCUGGUGGUGUUGACAAGUUUUCAGAUAUAUUUUUGAAAAAGUCUAUUUAAGUGUUGAGCUCAUUUAUUCCAUUCCUGUUAACUUCACAUCUUUCAAUAUCAUUCAAGAUGGCACUAUAUUCUUUAACUUAUCUAAUUAGUUACCUAAAGAAGAUGGAAGUUUUCCUUUUUGUAUAAAUUCAGGGGUUCACAACAAAAUUUCCUAAUUCUUUAGAUAAAAUUCAAUGACAAAAAAAAAAUUGUUUUCAAAUUGCAUUGAAAAUGAAUAUUUUUGUUUAGUACUUAUAAUAAUUUUGAAGUUUUGUGAAGGGUAGUGUGUGGUAUUGCUCAUAGUUGUAUGUGCAUCAUCUGAAACGUCUUCACCACAAGUGGAACAAAUUAAUCUCUUUAUUUCAAUUUUGUUAUAAUAAACCAUUUCAAUUAAAAUUACUGCACUUGAAUAUGUCCCUGCCAUCCACUUUUCCCAAAAUGUUUGUGAUUUCACAAACAUAGAUAAAUGCCUAGCUAGUUAAAUGGGGUACUUACAAGAACAAUCCGUAUUCUGUUCACUUUAAUGGUACUAAAUGAGAGUGUGAGUGAAAUUUACAAUGAUGUAAAUUAUUGCAAAGUGAGCGUGUGGGUGAAAUUUACAAUGAUGUAAAUUAUUACUAAAUAGGCGGUGUCACACAGAAAAAUCCCUUUAAAAAUCCCUUGAAAAAUCCUUUCAAGGGAGAAUUUUCUUGCUUCAUUAGAUGAUUUUUGAAGGGAUAAUUGAUGACAGACUGCAAUUAAAAGGAUACGGUAACUAAAAUCCAGAUAACUAAAAUCCGGAUUUUUGGCCUCUGUGUGAUACCACCUAGUGAGAAAGCGUGAAUUAAAUUUAUAUGGUGUACUGUAACUUACUUUACUGGCGAUAUGACAAAGAAAGUUCUUUCUUUUGUAAAUAGAUUUGGCUGAUUGAACAUUGUAUUUAUAAACAUUGCUGAACAUGUACAUGUAUGUAAAAACAAUUUUACAUACCACUGCAUGAAAACUUUUUAUUACCUCUUUGGAAGUUGUUCAAAACUUCAUGUUGUACAUUCUUUUAACUAUUUAUUGUUCUCUGUAUUGACCAGAGAAUAUUGUACGAACAAAGCUGAACAAAUAUUUUAUACGCUAUUUGUACGUGUAAAUAGUAAAUACUAUUUUUCUACUGCACCGAAGACAACUUGUGACUGAAUGUGAUACUUUUAGAUAUGAUCAUGUUUUUCAAAUUAGGUUGUUGGUGUUAACAUGCAUGUUUUUGUGUUUUAUAGUUUUACCCCAUUGUGUAGAUAUUUAUGUAUCUUUGUGUUAAUAGUGUGAAAAAGUUUGAUUUUGCAGCAGUAUUUAUGCAUCAUUGUGCUAGUUUUGGUUAAUUUCCCUUAGUUACGUAUGAUUUUGUUUAUAUGUAAGCAUUUUGUAUUUUUAUACAAGUACCGUAUGUAAGAAUAUAUAAGUCACAGAAACGGUCAUGUGGAUUCAUAACUUACUCUUUAUUUCAGUUCAAGUUGUUUUCUUUUUCUACCUUUCUUCUUAUACAUUGUCAUGUAAGGAAAAUGACAAGUAUUCCACCGUGUAUAUCCAUGUAUCAGUACACAGCAUUUGUAUUCAAUUAUCAAAAGUUUAUGGCAGUACUUAUGGUUCAGUACUGAAUUGUAAGAUAAAUCUGAGCUCUGGUUGAACAGGACUGCAUUUUAGAGGAAUUUGAUACAAUUGUUUUAAAUUGUUUAUUAUCCAUUUAUUGUGUAUUUGGACAAACAUGAUUACCGGUAUAUAAACCAACUGCUGUUAACUCGUUGAAAAUCACACCAUCUAAAGUACAGGCAAAUAGAUAUGAAUAGUUCUGAAUUAUCCUCAAUUAGAUGGGGAUUAUUAAUAUUGUCAUUAAAACGGUUUAUUGUACACAUGUUUAUAAUUAGCACUGAACAAGCAAAAUUAGAUUUUAAGUAUAUAUCUUUGCUCUGUAAUGCUAUGUAAUGCGGAUAAACUUUGCACACAAAAAUACCAUGACACAAUACCUUGUUCAGCAUAAUAACAUAGCAGUUCCAAAGAGAUUACCUCAUACACAUUUGCAGCAUGUAAUCAUCGUCUGCUUUCCGCAAGAAGGCUGUUCACUGCCAUUGACUCUUAUUGCCUUCUUGCAUGGAGCUGACGACACGUAUACACAUACAUAAACACAGCAGUUCAGCUUUGACUAUCCUUGACUUUUGUAUGUUGCAUUUGCAAUGAUUGCUAGAGGUUUAUACAGUGAUUAAUAACAUUUGCUGAUAAACUAUUUUCUAAUUCUUGCCAUUUUGUGUGUCACAUAUACUUGUAUCUGACGAAAUGUCAGAUUCGUUUUUGGACUUUGCCUAGUUUUUACAUGUUCUAUUGUGUCUGUUUUUUAAGUCUGUUUUUGGUAUCAUCAUAAUUCCAAAUAUGUCACUAUACCUCACUGUAAAUUACAUGCACUUGACUGGAUUUUUAUGAUCAAAUUGUUUUUUUUUGUAUCCUUCCAAUUUAAAUAAUCGUAUGUCUGCCUGCUAAAGGAACCAAAGUUUGUUUAUCUAAUAAGUAAUAAUUUUCUGAUAAGUAUUAACACAACUCAUAUGAUUGCAGUAUGGCUUCAAAGAUAUAACUGCAAUUGGUGUAGGAUCUCUUUUAUAAGAUCAAAUUUUUAAGUAGGCAUCAGAUAGGCACCUUUUUAGCAUCAUUUUUCCUUCUUCCUCUUUCAUUUUAUCGUGAAGUCUAACUCAAGUUUAUCAGAAUAUCUUAAUAUAUGGUCAUAAUUCACCAUUUACAUGUAAAGACAGUGUCAUUGGUUUGUAUACCAAAAAUCUCAAAUUUGUCAAGGAUUUUACCUCAUUCUUUUUUGUUAUUUUCCAAAUGCUAAAACAAAACCAUAUAUGUGAUGUCUUUUUAUCAACUCUUGCUGCAGAGAUGCUUGUUGACAAGAUUUAUUUGAUAAUCUGUUGUUUUAUUACACUAAAUGAAAGAUAUGUUGUAGGGGGGACCAAUACAAAUUCAUACCUGAAGAAUAUAGUGCCACUUGUUGAAAAGAUUAACAGUAUGCAUAUAUCUUUGGUGUUAAAUCUUUAAAUUAAUCUUUAGGGGUUUUAGAAGGGAAACAAAUUUUCAAUAGCGCUAUGAGCACCGAAAGGUGGACCUGUGCGCUAUACAAGUAGCCACUAUUAUUAUUAUUAUUUCCAAACUUUCAAACCAAUAUCAUGGCUAUUCUAAUUGCACAGAUCAAUGACACUGUCUCUUUAAGUUCUUUUCUUACAUUUCUUUAGAUUAAAAGCAACUUGCCUUUGGCAUUAGUAAUCAUCACCGGUUCUCAGCAUAAACUAUUAUCUCAGCACUUCUUGUUUUGUUGUAGAUAUCUGUUUUUAUAGUUCAUGUCCAUAGUGUUUCUUUUGUAACAACUCUAUUAUCAACUCCGAAUCAGUAGUAACACUUCUCAUAGAUUCAAUUAUUUUAGUUGUCUGUAAGGCACUUGUUGGAAAGUUUUUCACCCAACACUGUUUGGAUGUAGUUUAAAUCUUUCUCUUGCCAAUUGAGCACUUCAGGUUUUCAAAAGAUCAAAUUUUAAUGCACAUAGAUAGUGCACAAGAGAGACAAGAUUGGUGACAUUGUUUUAACAA